AAGUCGUUUCGCAACUCAAGAAACAUGGCAACGAACUUAUCCAAACAAGGUAAUAUUACCUUUCGCAUAUUCCGUGCCAUGUGUCAAUCACUUUGACACUCGCGAAUCAGGAAUAUACGGUUCUGAGGCGUAUGGAUUCAAAGAAGCCGAGUUCACGGGUACUGGAUCGAGAAACGCUUAUUAUUUUUCACGGGUUCGAUUAUCUGAAAUUAAUUAUAUAGCGAUAGGACAUGUGUCGGAGUUACCGGAGUUGCGUGGGAAAUGA